AUGGAAAGGAUAACAGACAUCUCUGAUCUCCUGGAGAAGUGCAAGGACAAAGGAUUUGUAAACGACAACAAGGAGUGGAUAAAAGAAAAGAUGGGGAGGCCGCCUCUGCGAGAUCAGAUGAGGUCUCUGCUGGGAACGAAGAAGAAUGUCUUUGGGAUAAAGCUGAUUGAGGCGCUGGACGUCCCUGCAGACGAGCUUGUUCCUUCCCUUGAUGACAGAAAGAAUAUCAAUCAAUAUGUGUAUUCGACAUACUACUGUCUUUACAAGAUGAGGCUCAUUGGAAGGGACAGGUUUGAGAGGGCAAGAGACCACUUCCGAUGCAUGAAGAACUACGAGAAGAUGUUUGUAGACACUGAGAACUCGUUUAUUAUCUCAAGAAUUGAGGCGGAUCGAAGGAAGGACAAGAUGGUCAAGAGAGAGUUCAACAGGGUCAUGGAUUCCAAGGAGGAGCUGAGGUCGCUGCUCAUAGAGCUUCCUGAGGUCACCAGCGAUGAGGUCUGCAGGAUCAAGGAUGGACUCUGCAGCGUCAGAAGUGUGUUUGUGGUUGAUCUCGACCCCGUCUUUGACAUAAGCACGCUUCGAUGCCAGGCAAAGGAGGAGGCAUCCAGAAGGAUAUCGGAGAUCAGAGAUGUUCUCUUUUGCAUUGGCAGCAUCCAUCCUAGAAUCAACACGCUUGGAGCCAUAGGAGAGGGAAACAAGGAUGGAGGCCAUGACGCGACUCUGCUUGAGAAUCUGAAGAAAGACAAGUACCACAAAUUCGAGAGGAUCUUCAACGGACCUGAAAAGUUCAAGUUUACAUGCACGCCUCUGUUCUAUACGAUGGACAGGCUGCUAAAGAAUAGAAUAACGCGUCUCUACGAUUCCAUUGUGAAACUCCACAGAGCGAAGCAGGUGGUCUACUUUGUCUCCACACGCCCGCUCCCACAGAUCCUGGCGGAGCUUCUAUUCUUCGAGUACUCGAGCCUGGACAUAAGAGCAGUGGUUUCGAUGACGAAUGCCCCCUUUGAUGUCUAUAAGGAAAUCCAGAGGAAGGAGGAUGCAAGGGUCGUUGCUGUUGGGAAUGACUCGGCCGUUUCCCAAGAAAAAGAAAACAUAUAUCGGAUAGGAUAUGAGAGGUUCAGAAGAAUGGUCGACAGGACAUUCCAAUUGAGGGGCGGCAUGGGAGCUGACCCUGAGGAUGCUAGCAUCCCCUCAGCAUAG